GGCUGCCUAUGGUAUCUCCGCCCUUCCCUCUCGAGUUUGCUUUCACUUUCGGAAUCGCGGGCCCACCGGCCGGUCUUCAACGAGCGGCCACCAAAGGGUUUUGUUGGUUUUGCUCCGACAGAGUCUGAGGCGGAGAAACGGACCGCUCCUUGGGCAGAUGCCCAACAUCAACACUUCAAUUGCUAGGAUGUGUUUUUAAACUACAAUGGCAUUUUCCAUGAAACCACUGAAUGUCUGCAAACUUGUAUAUAUCAGUGCAAUAACUUUGACUUUUAGCAACUUUCUUGAAACAUCUAAAUCAACACUCCGGCUGACUAUGAACAAAGAGGAUUUUGAGUACAUUCUAAUGUGGAAAUCUGGAAAUAGUUCAAGGAUGCCAGCAUGCUACACAGUGAUGUAUAGGAUGAAAAGCAACUUUGGCUGUAAUUUACAUACCAUGGGAGCAACGUCGAAAUCAGCAGUAAAGGGCCAGGAACAAGUUAAUUCUUAUAACUCCAGGUCUCAGGAAAGCCAGGAGCCAGACCAUCAUGUUCUGGGACCAAGGGAGUUGGCUACUUGCCCAGCUUUCUCAGAAACAGAUGCACAAAGAACAUCAGUGAAGCAGGAUCUAAGUGGCAUAAAAUCAUACUUCAAUCAUACAGUCCAGGAAUGUGCUAACAUAACAAGACCAUUAUGUAAUCUGACAAAUGAAUUUGCAGAUUUUUGCCAGGGAACUGCACUUAUUAUAGUACAGCAAGACACCAGCAAUGAAAUAAAUUAUUCAGAUAUUCUACCAUUCAAUCCAUAUACUCAACGAUGCUUCAAGCCACCUCAGUUUAAUAUUUCGGUUUGUCAAAACUGUGUAAAUGUCACAGUGAAACUUUCACCUUUGUUACUUAAAAUUUAUCAAAACCUUGAUUAUAGAAUCACAGCGAAAACAGAUGGUCUCAAGGAAAACCGUAUUGAUAAUACAAGCAAACAGGAUAGUUUCUUCACUAUUCUGGAAGAUUUGCAUCCAAAUAAAAAUUAUUGCAUUGCUGUUGAGGUGUCUAAAGGUUUUAAUCAACAGUGCACUCCCACCAUUCCAAAAUGUAUUAUGCUUGACUCCAGUAAUAGAAAAGAUUAUACUAAACUUUCAAUCUUGGCUCCAGCAAUACUAGCAUUAGUGCUAGUCGUUGUAGUUUGUCUGUACAAGGUUGGUUGUAUCCACUUUAAAAGGAGGACGGUACCAAGUAUCUUGAACAUCAAAUCUAACUUGGCUUGUUUAGUCUCUGAACCAGAUCUUGAAAAAAUUUGUGAUGUCCAGGUCCAGGAAAGUGAAGUGCAACAACACAGUGAUGAUGAGACCAGUGAAAGCGAUGCUGAGAGUAACUUUGAUACUAAAUGUGACAUCUUUAACCAGAUUACACCAUUCUCUGAGGUGGACAUCACUCAGAAGAUAUUCACUGGUUGCUCAGCUACUACAAAUGAAGUAACCAGAACUUUAGCAGAAAAAAAUCAGAAUGAUAUUGACAAAGGCAGCCCAAUUACCCCAUUAUAUCCUUCUGAAGUAAAUUCUGGCCAUGUAGGAGAAUCAGAACGUACAGUCUGCUUAAAUGUAAACUUAAAUACUGUGAAGCUAGGAAUAUCGGAUAAGAAACUGGAUUUUUCUACAUUUGACCAUGAAGAUAUACUAGACUUGAAUGAAUCUCGUAUUUCUGAAUUUGAACCAAACCAUAUCACUGAAAUGCCAGAUAGUCAGAGCUUUGAUGUUCAAAGUCCUCUAUGUUCAUGGGAAAAUCUUAGUGUCUCUGGAGAAAGUGAAUCAUCUUAUUCAGAAACAGAAUGCACCAGUGGAUAUAUGAGAAGAUGUAUCCAUGUAAAGUGACAGAGCUUCCACUGUCCCUCCCUUUGAAAGGCACUUUUGGGAAGCAGUAAUUUAGAACAGAUAAAUGAACUCUUUCUUCCAUUUCUUCAUUCCAAAUUAAUCCUAAAAUGAUCAUGUGAUUCAUUUAAACAAGAAACAGUGUUGGCAUUUGACUCCCUGAAUUUAUAUCACAUGUGAAACUUGGUUCCUAUGGAUACCAAAAUAUAAUGUAAUUACAUAGCUCAUUGUAAAGAGCUACACUUUAUAGAAAUGUUGUGAUUGGCAAACUUUUUUCUAUAGUUGCAUGCCCUGCCUUCUCGUCUUCAUGAUGUGCACUAGCUGGGAAUUCUAGAAUCUGCACCUGCGGCAUUUCAAGAAGCCAACAUGUCUGGAUUUUACUUCUCCAUCAUGCAGCUAAUGCAUAUAUUUGUCCUGCUGUUUUAGAAAUCUAAAAAUUAGCUGCUUUUUCUUGUGUUGUAUUGAUUCUUUUAUUUUUAACAACCUUAAAUGUCUUAGUACAUGACUUUAUUACAGGGCAAUUUAUUUCUCUGUGAUUCACUUAACAACUGGCAAGAAAGGUUGCAAAAUAGGGCAAAUCUUACUUAAAAACUGUCUUAUUCAGCAACAUAAAUUUUGGAUUCAAUUGUGUUCAUACAUCAAGGACUACCAGUACUAUGUGAGAUU